UGGCUGCGGAACCUCCUCGAGGCUGGUCAUUUGCCAAUUGUCGAGAUCAUGCCACUGCCGCCGACGACGUACGCCAUCAUUGGAGCCUCUACGAUCCUGCCGUCCCUUUGUAUCGGAUACGGCGCCGGUCUGAUUGGAAAGUCACUCGCUGAGAAGUCUACGGGCAGGGACGCAGUGAUUGUGCGUCCGCUCGACGCGGUGUUAUUUGGGAUCACAGCGUUUGUCGGGUGCAAAAUCACUGGUGACGCUGCUUUGCGACGGUUCACACCUCGCACGCCAACGGCUGAAGCGAUUUUCUCGGUGGUCAAGCCCAACGUCUCCCAAACCAUCUUUGUUGGUGCUCUCAUAGCGGGCGCAUAUGUCUUUCACGUCGUGGGCGCAAUGCCCGUUCGGGCGUCGACAAGUAGUAGCAUGGCGACCAGUUCGAAAGAUUAGAUCAUAGCAAGACCAUAAACUUACAAGUAUGUUUAUCCUCUCCUCGUUAUACGUUGAU